AAGGUUUGAAUGCAUCUUCGCUUCACUUGUGUGUCAUCGAGAAAUCUGCCAUCAAAGAUGCACGCGUUUGCUUGUCUUGUUCUCAUCGCUUUGGCGUGCGCCGUCCAAGGCGCUCCGAAUCCUCGUAUCGUCGGCGGCAAAGAUGCUCCCAUCGGCAAAUAUCCGUAUCAGAUAUCGUUAAGAUUUCUCGGCUCGCACACAUGCGGUGGAUCCAUACUAGAUACUCGUAACGUAUUAACUGCAGCGCAUUGCGUAGAUGGGAGGAGCAGCUAUCCCGAAUAUUUCUCAGUUCAUGCUGGCACGAACUUUUUAAAUAAAACGGGAGACGAGUACAAAGUAGAAAAUAUAAGCAUUCAUCCGAAUUACGAUAGUUAUCUCAUCAGAAAUGACGUUGCUGUGCUUCAUCUCAAGAAACCUAUCAAAUACAGCGACAAGGUGAAGGCAAUAUCACUUUCGAGAAAUGACACAGGUCGUGAAAACAGAUCCUGCACGUUAUCCGGAUGGGGAACCACUAGGCUUGGUGGCAACGUUCCGAACAAGCUACAAGAAAUUGAUUUGAUAGUUUAUCCUCAAGACCAAUGCAAAGAGACACAGUGGAGAGUACAGGAUGGUCAUAUUUGCACCUUUACCAAAGCGGGACAAGGAGCGUGUCAUGGCGAUUCUGGCGGACCAUUGGUGGCCAACGGCACUCAAAUUGGAAUCGUUUCCUUCGGUACACCUUGUGCGCGUGGAUAUCCGGACGUGUACACGAGAGUGUCCAAGUACGAAAAUUGGAUCAACGCGCAUCUUAUAAGUUUAUCUUUCACCAUGAACGGAUACUUCGUUCUCUUAAUCGCUUGUCUGGCAACUGUCGGUCAUGGCCUGCCAACUCAGAUUGUUGGCGGUACUGACGCCGAAAUCGGCAAGUAUCCGUACAUGGUGUCUUUGAGAAAUAACAAUAAACAUUUUUGUGGUGGAUCCAUCAUCAAUGUGCGUUACAUUCUCACUGCAGCUCAUUGUCUCACGGGAUUUAAAACAAACGCUGACGUCGCUGAUAUGACGGUUCACGCUGGCACGAAUUUCUUGAAUCAAUCCGGUGAUGUUUAUAACGCUGAAGCAGUCAUUAUCCACGAGAAAUUUAAUAUUGUGCUGAUUCGCAACGACAUAGGUUUGGUCCGCUUGAAGACAGAUAUAAAAUACAAUGAAAUAGUGAAACCAAUCGAUCUCGCAAGCACUAACUCCGUCGAGGAUGGACAUCCCUGCCUCUUGACCGGAUGGGGUACACUUGAGUUUAUGGGCAAAGUGCCUAAUGAGCUUCAGAAACUCGACUUGAAAGUUUACUCGCAAACAAAAUGCAAGCGAACGUUUGUGAAUCUGAAAAACAGUCACAUUUGCGCAUUUUCGCAAUACGGCGAAGGAGCAUGUCACGGUGAUUCCGGCAGUCCACUCGUUGCGGAUGGUGUUCAAAUUGGUAUCGCCUCGUUCGUUCGACCAUGUGCUAUCGGAUAUCCGGACGCGUACACGAGAGUGUACUCUUACAAAAAUUGGGUCUCACAAAAUGUUGUUCUUUAAACGAUAAAGUUAUUAAUAUUCUGUUUCGAUCUCAACACACAUCUAAUAUCCUUUUUGUGAUAUUGUUCUCGCACUUAUGUAGACAUAUCAUGCAAUGACGAAAUAAUACUCAGUUAAAUAAAACAUAUGCGUGGUAAAAUUAAAAAAAAAUAAUAUCUCACAAUUUUAUCUUUAUUAAAUUUAUAUCGCAGCUGCAAUCAAAGAUAAUCUACUGUCUUAUAUUAAUAGAUAAAUAAAAAUGUGUCUAACUGCA